CCAGUAGCCAGCGAUUAGCUGGGACCACAGAAAUGGUGCUUUGUGGAACACUCUUGCAUGUCUACUGGUGAAUGCAUAUGUACGUUAUUACCAGGUGUGUUUAGAAUUUCUUCACCUUUUUCUCUGAACUUCCUGACAGAAUGUUUUUGUCUGGUGGGCAGUGCAGACAUCUUGGCAGACCUGAAGAAGUGUUACUGUCAUUCAAAAUAUUCUUUGUCCUCAUUUGUCUUCAUGUCGUCCUGGUUACAUCCCUGGAAGAAAGUGCUGAUAAUUCCAGUUUUUCAUCACUGUCUGCUGAAUCGUCUCUUGUCAGUUUUAUCCCUUCCUCCAAUGAGGUUGAAACUGCAAGCCUAAAUGAUGCCACUUCAAGCGUAUUGUCUACUUUAAACAAAACAGAAAAAACUAAAAUCACUAUAGUAAAAACCUUCAAUGCAUCAGGAGUCAAAUACCAGAGAAACAUCUGCAGUUUGUCAUCUAUUUGCAAUGAUUCAGUAUUUUUUAGAGGUGAGAUUACAUUUGAAGACAGAGCACCCAACAUGACCCAGAAUCAAAAUAUAACCAAUAGCACCUUCACUGGAGCCCUGUCAAUAAGUGAAUUGAAUUUCUUUCAUUUUAUUAAUAGACGAUUUGAGCUCAACAAAACCCUACAAACUCUAAGUGAGGCUUAUUUUAUAGUGUGUGCAACAGAAGAGGCCCAAAGCACAUUAAAUUGUACAUUCACAAUAAAACUGAAUAAGACAGUGAAUGUGUGUGCUAUAAUGGUUGCUUUUGGAAGACUAUUGAUUCGACCAAUGGAACAAUGUUGCUGUUCUAUCAGGACACCCUGCCCUUCCUCACCAGAAGAGUUAGAAAAGCUGCAGUGUGAUCUGCAGGAGUCCAUUGAAUGUCACAUUGAUCAUUCACGUGGUGCAUCAUUUUCUUCAAGCAAGCCCAUAGCAUUUGUGCCUCAGUCCACCAACUUUUCCCAGAUCUCCAGUGCCUUCUCUUUGACUGAACCCCUCAAUCAGACCUCUGUGAACCAGAACACUCCCUCUCUGGCCCUGGAGGGUCACCUUCCUUCUCCCCAGCCCUCAGCUCCCCUACUUUCCAGCUCUGCCAUUGAUAUGCCCACUCAAUCUAGAGCUGCCUCUUCCCUGCUGCCCCAAACUGAUCAUUCUUAUGCCCCAUCACCUGUGAGGUCCUCGACUCCUUCCCUCACCACGUCUGUCCCUAUGAAUGACAUCACCAUCAGCACAACCUCUGGAAAGACUGAAGUUGUCAACACUGGCUACAUUUCUGAUCUUGAGAGCCAAGUGUCCCAGAUGGAGCGGGCUCUAUCCUUAGGCAGUGUGGAGCCUGACAUCGCUGGUGAAAUGAUAAACCAAGUCAGCAGACUGCUUCAUAGCCCACCUGCCUUGCUGGCCCCUCUGGCUCAAAGAUUGAUAAAAGUAGUCGAUGACAUUGGCUUACAGCUCAAUUUUUCAAGCAAGACCAUAAGUCUAACCUCCCCUUCUUUGGCUCUGGCUGUGCUGAGAGUGAAUGCCAGUGAUUUCAAUACAACUACUUUUGCGGCCCAAGACCCUGAAAAUCUUAAGGUUUCUCUGCAAACUCAGGCUCCUGAAAGUAGUAUUGGUGCUAUUACCCUGCCUUCAUCGUUGAUGAGUAAUUUGCCAGCUAGUGAUGUGGGGCUAGCUUCCAGGGUUCAGUUCAAUUUUUUUGAAACACCAGCCCUAUUUCAGGAUCCUUCCCUGCAGAACAUCUCUCUGGUCAGCUAUGUCAUAUCAUCAAGUGUUGCAAACCUGACUGUCAAGAAUUUGACAAGAAACGUGACAGUCACACUAAGGCACAUCGAGCUGAGCCAGGAUGAUUUAACAUUGAAAUGUGUAUUUUGGGACUUGGGAAGAAAUGGUGGUAAAGGAGGCUGGUCAUCUGAUGGCUGCUCUGUCAAAGACAGGAGGCUGAAUGAAACCAUCUGUACUUGCAGCCACCUUACUAGCUUCGGUGUCCUAUUGGACUUAUCUCGGACAUCCUUACCAUCUGGUCAAAUGAUGGCUCUGACAUUUAUCACAUAUAUUGGUUGUGGCCUUUCUUCAAUUUUUCUGUCAGUUACUCUUGUCACCUACAUAGCCUUUGAAAAAAUCCGGAGGGAUUACCCUUCCAAAAUCCUCAUCCAGCUAUGUGCUGCCCUCCUUUUGCUGAACCUGGUUUUCCUUCUGGACUCAUGGAUUGCUCUGUAUAACACACGAAGCCUCUGCAUCUCAGUGGCUGUAUUUCUUCAUUAUUUUCUCUUGGUCUCAUUCACAUGGAUGGGCCUGGAAGCAUUCCAUAUGUACCUGGCCCUUGUCAAAGUGUUUAAUACCUAUAUCCGAAAAUACAUCCUUAAAUUCUGCAUUGUUGGCUGGGGCAUACCAGCUGUAGUUGUGGCCAUUGUCCUGACUAUAUCCCCAGACAAUUAUGGGCUUGGAUCCUAUGGGAAAUUCCCCAAUGGCUCACCAGAUGACUUCUGCUGGAUCAACAACAAUGCAGUAUUCUAUAUUACAGUUGUGGGAUAUUUCUGUGUGAUAUUUUUGCUGAAUGUCAGCAUGUUCAUUGUUGUCCUGGUUCAGCUCUGUCGAAUUAAAAAGAAGAAACAAUUGGGAGCCCAGCGAAAAACCAGCAUUCAAGACCUCAGGAGUAUUGCUGGCCUUACAUUUUUACUGGGAAUUACUUGGGGCUUUGCCUUCUUUGCCUGGGGACCAGUAAAUAUCACCUUUAUGUAUCUCUUUGCCAUCUUUAAUACCUUGCAAGGAUUUUUCAUAUUUAUCUUCUACUGCGUAGCAAAAGAGAAUGUCAGGAAGCAAUGGAGGCGGUACCUUUGCUGUGGAAAGUUACGGCUGGCUGAAAAUUCUGACUGGAGUAAAACUGCUACUAAUGGUUUAAAGAAGCAGACUGUAAACCAAGGAGUAUCCAGCUCUUCAAAUUCCUUACAGUCAAGUAGUAACUCCACUAACUCCACCACACUGCUAGUGAAUCAUGAUUGUUCAGUACACGCAAGCGGGAAUGGGAAUGCUUCUACGGAGAGGAAUGGGGUUUCUUUCAGUGUUCAGAAUGGAGAUGUGUGUCUUCAUGAUCUCACUGGAAAACAGCACAUGUUUAAUGAGAAAGAAGAGCCUUGUAAUGGUAAAAGCCGUAUGGCUCUCAGAAGGACUUCAAAGCGGGGAAGCUUACACUUUAUUGAGCAAAUGUGAUUCCUGUUUUCUAAAAUCAAAGCAUGAUGCUUGAUGGUGUGAAAUGCCUGAUUUUACCUUUUACACAAUGUGAGAUGUAUGAAAAUCAAUUUAUUUUAUACUAGCAACCUCUGAAGGAACAUAAGCUAAUUGAAGGUAAUAGUUACUAUUGGAAGAGGAGACUAAGACGUUAUUGUGGUCUUAAGACAUUUGCAAUUUGAUUUCUUAUCAUUUUAAGAGAAGAUUGGUCUUUUAACAGAAUAAGACUCAUGUAAAAAGAUAAUUUUCAGCCACAUUUUAAAGAGACUAAGUAUCUUUGAUAACAUCCUAGAAAGCAACUGUUGACUUCAGCCUAUUGACGAGUUUAGUUGUGCAUGCCUUUGUUGUAUAUAAGCUAAGUUCUAAUGACUCACAUGUCAAGAAUCUUACUUCUACUUUUUUAUAUUUAUUUUCUACUGUGUAAAUUUAUUCUUUUGUAGAAUUGUGGUUGUGCUGUUUUGUGAUGUGAUAACUAAUGUGAUAACUCAUAAAACCCUGAUUCAGUGAAUUCUAAAGCUCCUUUUGGAGAUUAUGUGGGCUGUGAAAUACAGAAAUUUCACCGAAUUCAAGAAAUAAUGAUAGACUGGAGAAAUGUAAGCAGACAGUGCCACAGCUAGUUCUUAUAGUGCCUUUGAGGAAAUUAGAAAAAGGUGCCCCCACUGGGUAGACACAGCCCCAUGGGUUUGACCAAGGGUGCAGCCAUAUUCUAGCCCCUCUUGGUUGCACCCUUAUACAAGUUCUCAUCUGUGUAACUACGCAUGACAUCCAAAACCAAUACCUGUCUCCAGACUUCAGCCCUAACGAUCAGAUUGUAGAAUCUGCACCAAGAUGUUCAAGCUUAAUAGCUUGGUCACAGGGGAGGAAUAAAACUCUAAU